GUGGAGGCGUAAAAUAGAAUUGGGGGUUUGCUAAAACCCUAGAAGACUCUCUGAACGGUCAACAGACGACGGACCAUGGCGGACCAGGAGCUCCAGCUGCUCUCAGCUUUCCUCGCUAUGGAGCCCACCGACUCUCUGAUCGGCCUGGCCAGGGAAUGCGGUGGAGGGUCGGUUACUGAGAGAGUUCAGAGGUUUAUUUGGGAGCAUUGCAUAACCAAAUAUGCGGGGAAACUAUAUGCGCCUUAUCUGAGGAAGUUUCUGAAGAAGCUUAUUGCUGAAGUUGAGUUGAACCACGGUGAUGUGAUUGAUGAGUUAUACGAACAUUAUGCACAUUACAUGACUACUUUGAAGGAGAAUGAUUUGGAGAAAGAUAAUGCAAGGGUCUUCAAGUACAUUUCAUUUCUUUUUCCUGAUGGUUGUCUUGAACUUUCAAGAUGUUUGGAAUCAAGGAAACUGAUGGUUCAGCUGCAAUGUUCUCUCAACAUGCUUGAAGGAGAUACUGGGUGUUCAGUUUGGCCAUCAAGUCUUCUUUUGUCAGAGUACAUACUUUCAUUUCCAGAAUUGUUCUCUAAUAAGUCAUGCUUUGAGGUCGGUUCGGGUGUUGGUUUGGUUGGCAUCUGUCUUGCCCAUGUGAAAGCAUCCAAGGUCAUACUAAGUGAUGGUGACCUGUCAACUUUAGCAAACAUGAAGCUUAAUCUGGAACUGAACCACUUGAGCGUUGAAACUGAUAUGUCAGAAACUACUGAAGAUCCAAAUAUGGUAAAAUGCAUUCAUCUGCCAUGGGAAUCUGUGUCAGAGAAGGAGCUUCAAAACCACAAGCCAGAUAUAAUUUUGGGUGCAGAUGUAAUAUACGAUCCAGUAUGCCUCCCACAUCUUGUUCGAGUACUUACCCUUCUUUUAAACCAGGCAAAACCGUAUCCUGACCAGUGCAGUGGUAAUCAUCCGGGCUUUUCAUUGGGAAGUAAAAGUAGUAGUGAUGCUAAAGUCAAUGUAACUCAUGAAGCAAAUGCUAACAAUGGUGAUGAAUCCGAUGCUUCUCUAUGCAAAAGAACAGACAAUGGUGCCUCAAAUGUUGGAUUGAAGAAGCGUCCGACAGCUUUAAUUGCUUCUGUCAUUCGCAAUGUCAACACAUUCAAUAAGUUUCUCACUUUGCUAGACGAGGCCAACCUUACCAUCGACGACCUAACUGAAUCGCUUAGACCUCAAAAUUUUCUUCCUUACAUGAAAUCAUAUGAUCGCACGAAAAAAGUCAUAUCAUUGUUAAAAGAGGAGCUGAAGAACCAAGGAGAGGUUGCAGUGGAGCCGAUUCAUUUAUGGGCUACCCCAAGAUCACUGAGUACAAGCCUCAUGUACUCUUUUGCUCAGAGGGAUGACAUAGAAGUGCUUGAUGAACCGCUCUACGCAACUUUCCUUCGGGUGACAGGUUUUGAUAGGCCCUACAGGGAGGAAGUACUUUCCCAAAUGGAACCUGAUGGAAAUAAAGUCGUAAAUGAGAUCAUUCUUGGUCCAGGAAGCAAGAAGUAUCGCUUCUGUAAGCAUAUAGCAAAGCAACGUGUCCCUGGCUUACCAAUUGAUCUAAUGAAGAAAGGAAAGCAUGUCAUUUUGACAAGGAAUCCCCUUGAUAUAUUGCCAUCCUUUGGCAAGGUUGUGCCUCCAACCCUUGUUGAGUUAGGUUUCGCAGAUCUGGUCUGUAUAUACAGUGAGCUCUCCCAAUUGGGGAAGCCCCCACCUGUCAUUGAUGCAGCCGAACUUCAAGAAGAUCCUGAGCGUACACUGCGCGGACUUUGUGAAGACUUGGAUAUCCCUUUUCAGUCCACAAUGCUCAAGUGGGAGGCUGGUUCGAAACCAGUAGAUGGCGUUUGGGCUCCAUGGUGGUAUGAGAGUGUGCAUAAAUCAACAUGCUUUCAGCCAGCAAAAAAAUAUCCCAUGCCAUUUCCUUUUCCUCUGUAUGAUGUACUUGAGCAAAGUCUACCCUUCUACAACUUCCUUCGGCGCCAUUUGAGGCAGACAUCAUGCCUUAUGAAGUCUGGUUUGCCUGAACCCGAACUCCCAGUUCCAGAAAAUGAGACGUUACUUGCAUGGGUUGGUGAUGAGAUUGUUCCACGAGAGAGUGCAAAGGUUUCUGUGUUCGACUCGGUUGUCCAAGGUGGUGAUUCAGUUUGGGAGGGACUUCGAGUUUACCAGGGGAAAAUAUUUAAGCUUGAAGAACAUUUGGAUAGGUUAUUUGACUCAGCAAAGGCUUUGGCAUUCAACAAUGUUCCUACUCGUGAAGAGGUUAAAGAAGCCAUAUUCAGAACUCUUAUUCGGAAUGGAAUGUUUGACAAUUCACACAUCCGACUAAGUUUAACUCGUGGCAAAAAGGUUACUUCUGGCAUGAGCCCAGCAUUCAAUCUUUACGGAUGCACCUUGAUUGUGCUUGCUGAAUGGAAACCCCCCGUGUAUGACAAUACAAAGGGUAUAACUCUUGUUACAGCUACAACACGUCGUAAUUCACCGAAUAAUUUGGAUUCAAAGAUUCACCACAAUAACCUGCUCAACAAUAUCCUUGCAAAGAUAGAAGGCAAUAAUGCAAGCGCUGAUGAUGCAAUCAUGCUUGACAAGGAUGGUUAUGUAUCUGAAACAAAUGCUACAAACAUUUUUUUAGUGAAGAAAGGCGGUGUAUUGACACCUCAUGCUGAUUACUGCCUUCCUGGUGUGACUCGAGCAACUGUUAUGGACCUUGUGGUGCAGGAGAAGUUUCCCCUACAGGAGAGAAAUAUCAGCCUAUCAGAGUUCCAUACUGCAGAUGAGGUAUGGACAACCGGAACAAUGGGAGAACUCAGUCCUGUUGUGAAGAUUGAUGGGCGUCUAGUUGGUGACGGAAAAGUGGGGCCCGUGACCCGAAGAUUGCAAAAUGCUUACAAACAGCUGACAGCAGAGUCUGGGGUGCCAAUACCAACCUAUCAUGAAAAGUGAUGAUUAUUGUUUCAAAGGGGUGUAAACUGUAAUUAGCAAUGGAGAAGUGAAUCUCUUGGUGUAUUGGUGGUAUUGACUACAGCUUCUGUGAAAUAAAUGAAUAAAAGGACCAAUUCUCUCAACAGCCCAAUGAUAGUUGAUGCAGAUGUGCAAGCUUUAUUGCUUUUGUAAUUUCAUUUUCUUUCUUUUUAGGGAGAACUCAAAAUGAACAACUUUGCUUUUGUAAGCUCUAUUGCUAUUGUUACAAACAAUUUGUACCAUUAUGCUGCAAUAAAUAAGUUCUUCUUUUGCUCA